AGCGUCUACUAUCUUGUGUCAAGUUCCCUGUUAAGUAAUCAUCCACUUUUUAUGCUGCCUUGAGAUGCGAUCGACAAUCCAAGAAGCCAACAGAAUGUCAGGUCAAACCAUAACUAAUGCUUCUACCAUCAAUCUUAGCAGUGGUAAUAUUUUGAACUGGAAUAGUUUGAAGAGAAAAGUGCCAAAGUCUUCAACAGAGGAGAUCAAGUUCUGUUUAAGGCAGACACUGAAAUGCUGUUUAGAUCAAACCUGCGACCAGUCUUGCAGUCUUCAACAAGACGUGAUCACAUUGACUCAUCCACAGAACACUUCAUCUCAGAAGAAUGUUACAAGAGAGGAAAUAAAGGUUACAGUCAAACUUUUGAUAACAAAGACUGAUGAGGAGGAGAUUACAGAAGCACUAGAAAGAGUGCUGAAGGAGCUUGAAAUCGAUAAGAUAGAUGUCCUCCUGCUCGCUCUCUCAAAGACGCCCAAUGUGAUAGAAGAUAAUUUGACCUUUGAGCAUCUGAAGCCCUUGUGGAGCGAGCUGGAAGACGAGGUCCGCAAAGGCAGGAUAGUUAAUCUUGGUAUAUGUGAUGCCGAUAAGACUAUGCUUGAGGAGUUGUACGAAUGGGCAACGGUGAAGCCUAUCAUUGAUCAGCUGAACCAGGAUACAUGCUGUGUGAUUCCUGAAGAUCUCAAAGAAUAUGCCAAGGCUAACAAAAUCCAGUUAUUGACUCACAACGACAAGAGUGACCUGCUUCCACCGGAGGAAUUUCAGGGUGUCCUUGCAGAGUUCUUUCCAGGGGCAGACUCGGAGCGCUGGUACCCGGCAUGGACGUUGCGUUUCACUGUCCUCAUCCGUUGCAGGGGGGUCAUCACCACCAAAGGCUACAUCCUCAAGGCACUCAAGGAUCGCGACUGACAACCUUGAUGUUGUCCAAGGCGCAUUCAGGGUCUGUAACACAAAACUCAGUAGGUGAUCGUAGGACUAUAAUGAUUAAAUGAAUUGAUUAUUAUCUGAAAUCGAUGAUACAAAUCAAUGGUACAAUCAAUCCCUGUUUUUCUAAGAGUUGAAAUUUAUUCAAGUCAGCAUCAUCUAUGGCAAGCCAUAGCUGUACGACACCUCUCUAGAGAUUUGAGUCCGACAAUCUGAAUCACAGAGUUGCUGGCUCUACAUAAUUAAGAUUGAUUUGAAUCAACUGCAACUCUUUGUGCUAUCGGGCCCUGCUCUCUUCAAGCACCUCAUCUCACUUUGAACAAUGGGUCAAGUUCCUGAGAAGAACAUGUUCCAAGAAUGAUGUCAAAGUCCAUCGAAUGUGGAGGGUCUACUCUGUGAAGUACUAAAGUUUCAUUCUUUUUGUUUGUAUCUAGGGAUAGCUUUAUUUCCCUUAUCCCUAUAUUGUAGAUGAGAUAAGAAUGAUUUGAAUGUAUCAAUAUAUUUUAAUUCUCAAAUGUCUUAUAUAUAUAUAUAUAUUAUUUUUUUUAUAUAUUUGCUAGAUAUCUUUCAUUUAAUGAUUUUGGUAUAAAGCCAAAAUUUUAUUCAAACAUGGCAUAGAUGAUUGUGUUAAGGGAUAUAUUCAUGUAAUGUUUAUAGGUCUAAAGGGUAUGUCAUAAACCUGUUCAUAGAAUUGCCAUUGAUUUUACAAACAUGUUUUCAAGUAGCUGAAUAAUGAAAAAUGGGAGCCAGUACUUGAAACAAUCAUUCUGUUUCAACUUCCAGUUCUUGGAAUGGCUGUUUCAAUUAACUUCUUAGAAUUUGCAAAGAAUUAAUUUUGUAACUUAAAAACUAUGCAAAGAUACGAUUUGUUCUUAGGAAGACCAAUCUCAAUACCUGAAUUCUUUAAUACACGCAGGGAUUGGGAUUUUAAGUACGUGGUAGUGAAAAUCUGAGAUAAUUAUUAUUGAGAGCGAUACCAACAUCUGACCAUUCAUUGACCUACAGUCAUAUGAAAUUUUUCUCCAGGAAAGAAUAUAUUUUUCAAAUCUUUGUUUUUAAUCUACCCAAUGCCUUUCAAUAAUCUGUUUUAACAUUGGUUUCAUGGUUUAUAAGUAAAUAUAAAUCUAUCCAAAGAAAAUUAUUCAUCUUACCUUGAAUACAUAAAAAAAUGAUCAUAAUUUUCCCUAAUAAAAUCUAGACAUAAGAAUGUGUAUAAUAAGGUACACUUUGAUUUGCUUCUACUUUUUUCCAAUUCAAAGUAAUUUCAGCUACAAUUAAUAAUUCGUAUUACUGUAAUAUAGUUCAGUUUUGUUGAUAUUAAAAUGCCUACUUGUAUGGGUUUUUCUAGACCUUGUUUGGCAAUCCAAGACAUGUAAAUAUUUCAUUUUAUUUGUCUGAAUAAAUUCAAAUAAAUUCAAGCUUUCACGCCAGGCACUCCAUAGUAUGUCAUUCAUAAGAUCAUGUAGCACUUCAUGAAUUGAUAUAGUUGUAGGUUGAUUCUACUCUUGUUUGAUGCAAAGUACUUUAUGCCAGUUGUUAUUGCUAUUAUUAGCUAUGAAGAUAUAUUUUAUUACACAUCGAAGGAGGAGCUUAGAUGCUCAUGGCACUCCACAGUGAUGUCAUUCAUGAAAUCAUUUGGAACUUUAUGAACAGCUUUGCAAAAUACGUGCUGAGUUGAUUGAUUUUCUUAACUGUGCCAUAAUCAAGCAUUGUAAAUGAAGUGAUUUAUAUAAGCAUUAUGAUUUAACUCGUAACAUUUGAUAUACUUCAGGCAAUUAUUUUAGUUGAUUGUAUUCAAAGUGAUCUUAGAGGAAUAUAUUUAAUGCUUCAUAUUACAUGAAUGAUAUAAGGAUGUAGUGUGAUUUCUUCAAAUCAAAAGCCCAUAUGCUUGUUUCGAUGUGAAUUAACAAAAGUCAGCAAGACUUUCCAUAUUGUACAGAUGUGGCAGAGUCAUGGCAUAAUGGUUCCAUUGCAUGGUAAUGUCAUAAUGAUUUCAUUAUUACAUCUUGAGUCACAAGGCUUUUUUUUAAAUUAUAUUAGUUUGAAAUGUCACUUCUAUUUGGAGACAAGUUUUUAGGGGGAACAAAUGAAGUCGGUCAAUGGGGAAUGUAUGUUGAUGUGUAAAUACAGUAGUGCAGCUGAUAUUAGUGUUAUGUGCCUGGCAGAAUUUCUUUUAUUUUUACUGAAUAAUAAAUCAAACAAGAUGAAAAGAAAGGGAGAUCGUUGAAGUGUAUCGUGUAUGUGUACCCUUUGAUGAUGUCAUAUUUCAAAAAUGCAAACAAAGCAUUCAAAUUUCAGCGAAGAUUUUUUUCGAAUGGAUGUAAAAUUAUUUAAAGUGCAAUUUUCGUAGAUCUAAUGGGGUGCAUACCCUGGCCUCGAACUGUCAUUGCUUUUUUUUUUAAAAAAGGUAUUCAUUAGAUGGCAAUUUUUGGUCACAUUCGCAUUUCCUUAUAACACUGUAUGCCUGUAAUAAUACUCCUUUAUGGUGAUUAAGUGAACGUAGAAAUUUUGUCUUCUGAAAUUGGGACUUUUCCUCCAAUUCUGAUAUGUGUAGUAAUUAUUGUACAGUACAUCGGUGUGUAGGUUUUUGUACAAAUUCUUUUCCAAAUUUACUGUGGCAGAUCAAGAUAUAUACUAUGUAUCAACGUACAUGUACAUGCAAAGCAUCAAUUAUAUUAAAUUGUAUGUUUACAGAAUAGAUUAGACUGAAAAGAUGA